AUGACAUUCUUACAAGGUUCAAGUCUUAUUUCUGAUGGGCAGCAGCUGGUGGAUGUAGCUGGUACUCAUUCUUCUACUGCUCCGAGUACCUAUGGUGUCCCCCUGAGGUCAUUUACUUUGACCUACCCUCAACAGAAUUUCCAAACCAUCGACAAUGCUCAAAUCCAAGAGAAUGAAGAGAAAACCCAGGCAAACUCCGUUAAAGCAAAGAAUGAAAAAGAAACGCAAGCUAACUCCGUUGAAAAAGAAAAUGAUGAAGAAACCAAGGCUAACUCCAUUGAAACAAGGAAUGACGAAGAAACCCGGGUUAACUCCGUUAUGAUAAAGAAUGGUGAAGAAACCCAGGCAAAAUACGUUGAAACAAAGAAUGAAGAAGGAACGCAGGCUAACUCCGUUAAAACAAAGAUUGACGAAGAAACCCAGACUAAGUCCGUUGAAACAGAGAAUGAAGAAAAAACCCAAGCAAACUCUAUUAAAACAAAAAAUGAGGAAGAAACCGAGGCAAACUCCGUUGAAACAAAGAAUGACGAAGAAACCCAGGCAAACACCGUUCAAACAAAGAAUGACAAAGAAACCCAGGCUAACUCCGUUGAAACAGAUAAUGACGAAGAAACCCAGGCUAACUCCGUUGAACAAAGAAUGACGAAGAAACCCAGGUCAUUUACUUUGACCUACCCUCAACAGAAUUUCCAAACCAUCGACAAUGCUCAAAUCCAAGAGAAUGAAGAGAAAACCCAGGCAAACUCCGUUAAAGCAAAGAAUGAAAAAGAAACGCAAGCUAACUCCGUUGAAAAAGAAAAUGAUGAAGAAACCAAGGCUAACUCCAUUGAAACAAGGAAUGACGAAGAAACCCGGGUUAACUCCGUUAUGAUAAAGAAUGGUGAAGAAACCCAGGCAAAAUACGUUGAAACAAAGAAUGAAGAAGGAACGCAGGCUAACUCCGUUAAAACAAAGAUUGACGAAGAAACCCAGACUAAGUCCGUUGAAACAGAGAAUGAAGAAAAAACCCAAGCAAACUCUAUUAAAACAAAAAAUGAGGAAGAAACCGAGGCAAACUCCGUUGAAACAAAGAAUGACGAAGAAACCCAGGCAAACACCGUUCAAACAAAGAAUGACAAAGAAACCCAGGCUAACUCCGUUGAAACAGAUAAUGACGAAGAAACCCAGGCUAACUCCGUUGAACAAAGAAUGACGAAGAAACCCAGGUAUGACGAAGAAACCCAGGCUAACUCCGUUGAAACAGAGAAUGAAGAGGAUUCUAAGGCAAACUCCGUUGAAAUAGAGAAUGACGAAGAAACCCCAAAGAAUGACAAAGAAACCCAGGCAAACUCCGUUGAAACAGAUAAUGACGAAGAAACCCAGGCUAACUCCGUUCAAACAAAGAAUGACGAGGAAACCCAGGCUAACUCCGUUGAAACAGAGAAUGACGAAGAUACCAAGGCAAACUCCAUUGAAACAAAGAAUGACGAAGAAACCCAGGCAAAGUCCGUUGAAACAAAGAAUAACGAAGAAACUAAGAAUGACGAAGAAACCCAGGCAAACUCCGUUGAAACAAAGAAUGACGAAGAAACCCAGGCAAACUCCAUUGAAACAGAUAAUGACGAAGAAACCCAGGCAAACUCCGUUCAAACAAAGAAUGACGAUGAAACCAAGGCAAACUCCGUUGAAACAAAGAUUGACGAAGAAACCCAGGCUAACUCCGUUGAAACAAAGAAUGACGAAGAAACCCAGGCAAACUCCGUUGAAACAGAUAAUGACGAAGAAACCCAGGCAAACUCCGUUCAAACAAAGAAUGACGAGGAAACCCAGACAAACUCCGUUGAAACAGAGAAUGACGAAGAUACCAAGUCAAACUCCAUUGAAACAAAGAAUGACGAAGAAACCAAGGCAAAGUCCGUUGAAACAAAGAAUAACGAAGAAACCCAGGCAAACUCCGUUGAAACAAAGAAUGACGAAGAAACCCAGGCUAAGUCCGUUAAAACAGAGAAUGACGAAGAAACCCAGGCUAACUUCAUUGAAACAAAGAAUGACGAAGAAACCCAGGCAAACUCCGUUGAAACAGAGAAUGACGAAGAAACCCAGGCAAACUCUAUUGAAACAAAGAAUGACGAAGAAACCCAGGCAAACUCCGUUGAAACAGAGAAUGACGAAGAAACCCAGGCAAACUCCAUUGAAACAAAGAAUGACGAAGAAACCCAGGCAAACUUCAUUUGGUAUAUUGUCAAUCUACGCUGCAAGUGA